GGCGGGUAUGGACGGAUUCGGUUUUGACGCUCACACCGGAAACGGGAGUAGUUCCGAGACUCCGGUUGUGAACGUUUCGGCUGGAUUGGGUGGCUCUGUUGGGCAGACCACUCCUAUCAACAUUCCUUUCAGAUCGAGUGUGUCCAUGGGUCCACUCCGAUCACCGCCUUCGUUGGAUCGAGCGCGACUAUGUGGUCCGCUCCGGUCACCUCGGUUAUUAGACCAACCGCGGCUACGGACGAAAUGGUCACCCCACUCGGACCGAAUAUGGCUUCGGCCAUACUGGUCAUUCCCUCACUUGGACCGAACACGGGUGUCUUCACAUCUGCACCGGUCGGACAUCCAACUGUUAUGCUGCCUGCGAACUCUGUCAAAGAACCGGCAAAGUUCACAAGUGUUGGCUUUAAAAUAUGGCAGCAAAGGAUGUUAUUUUGGCUGACCACCCUCAACCUUGCGAGUCAAGCUGAAGAAUUGAUUCUCAUUUUUAAUGAGUGCACUGACGAGGGAAUGGGAGUCAGUGAGGCAUUCCAAGUGGCGGCGAUUAUUCAUGUGCUCCUGCCGGCUUGGGAUGAGUUUUGGAGCUAUCUCAAGCUCAAACGGAAAGAAAUGACUUUAGAACAGUUGCUUGUUCGUCUCCGGAUCCGUGAAGAGGGUCUCACUCGCGAGAAGAAAGUAGCUGUUGCUAAAGCAAAUGUGGUGGAGCAUCCACCCAAAGAGGAUUCUUCCAAAGGGCCCAAGUCAAAUAAGGACAAGAAGAAAAUUGGUCCUAAAGGAGGCGUCGCGAAGCCCAAGUUCGCGGGGAAAUGCUACAACUGUGGCAUUACGGGCCACCGUUCUUUAGAGUGCCGCAAGAAGCCUCAGAAGAAGUAGUAGAAGAAGGAAGAAGCUCUCUGCUCGGAGCUAGAUGCUAUGGACCUUUGUGCUGUCGUGACAGAAGUCAACCUGGUCGGGUC